CCCGGUAUCUUAUAAUAAGCCUGAAGUCGAAACUCGUUGGUAAACCCUAGAAACCCUACCCUUUGCGAGAAUGGCGAAGAAUAGAAACAAGAAGAAGAAAAAUGGAUCGGCUGAUAUGGCUGUCGAUGUGACUACUGAUGAUCCGUGCGCGAGGGAUGAGCCUCACGCGAUGGACACUUCCGAGACCGUAGAUUUUGGUGUUCCUUCUGGAGGAUCCCUGAGGAAGACGAAAAAGGGCAGACCCAUGAAAAGAUCUAAGAACACGCGGAAGAUGAAGGCCAUUGCCAAAGCCGUUUCGCUAAGCGAGAAGUCAGAGGUGAAGUUAUCAAAAAGUGAAAGCAAGGCAUUCAGAACUAAAACUGCUAAAAACCUUUAUGACUAAAUUUGCACUCAGUGGCCUUACAGCUUCUCAAAGCCUGUGUAAUUUUUUAUUUUUAAAAUUACAAUGAGCAAUUGAUCUUAGAAUUUUGUUAGUUUGAUGUAUAUUGCAAUAGUUGAUUUGCUUUGGUUGGGAUAUAUACUUUGUGGUCAUGUUCUUGAAACAGAAAAUUUGAGAACUUGUAUAUGGAUGCAUUUA